UUUCAGACCAGAGGUGCGCUCAAAAGGAUAGUGCUCGAAUUUUCGAGCAUGAUCUGGCUUGACAGUGAGAGGACUAGAGCCGUUAAAAGCACUUCUUUUGAUUGGCCAAGUAUUGUUAUGGUGCCUUAAAUCGGAUCGAAUGUCACCAUGAUGAUCGCUAUCGAAACACAUUGCCUAUGACGAUGACACGACCAAGUUAGGAUCACUUAUUGAUAUCAAAGCUAGGAUCAUCAGGUUGAUGUCCUAAUGCACAUUUGCACCACGUGCUCUAUUAAGGUGUCUUCUCUAAGAAUAUAUUUUAAUCCUAAAUCUGAAGUGUCGCAAAACUUAUAGAAGGUGCGUCUUUACUCAGGGCAAACGCUUGAAUAAGCUAAGGAGAGGUAUGGAUUUACUAUAAGAACAAGUUUGUGGCCUCGUUUUCUUCACGCUUGCUUUUUUUUGCUUCCUGUUUUUUUUCUGUCUCUUUUGGAGGCUCGCUCAUUGGUCAGUUAGCUGUGCUACUCUUAUGAUUGGCUGUUGAUAAAAACAACGUUAAUUAUAAAAGAAAUCAGCCAUGUCAAAUCCCUAUGCCCUUUCCUUUUUAAGGAAUCUAUCGAACGAGUUAGAGUGACUGUCAUGAUCAUGAAAAUAGAUUGAUCAAGGCUAUUAUUAGAUCUCACUUUUGUUAGGGGGCUGAGCUAGUUUGGAAAGUUCCCGCAUAGGUUUUCUUUGGAACCCUCGCGUGACAUAGACAAAGCCUGAUUCAAACGAGCUGUGUUGACGACAUCGUUCAAAAAUAUGAAGACAUCAUCGGUCCUUUCAGUUUGUUCUCUUGCGUUUCUAUUAACCUCAGUAUUCUGUGAUUUGAGGCUUCCAAAGAUUGUGUCUUCCCCGGAUAAUCCACUGAUUGGCAAGGGUAAAGGAAAUGCCACUUUAAGCUGGAAGUUCGAGCUGCGUCCCGGAGAGGCAUGGAAUACUUCCAUAAUCGAGGUGGUUUUCGGUGUUUGGAAGUAUCCUGGAUUCCUCAAGAAAAAACUUCUGGUCAUCAACAAAACCGGCGGACAAAAGAUAAGAGAAAACUAUGAGAAAAAGAUAAGCUGUAACUUCGACAUGUCUCUCCUGCAAGUGGAAUUUACUCUACACGAUUUGGGUAAAAGCGACGAAAACGAAUAUGGCGUUCAAGUUGAGUUUGGCCUGAGUCGAGCCCCCUUAUCGGAUAGUGUCAAGCUUCAUCUUGAAGAUCCACCCAAAAUCAACUCUCCACAACAAAGAAACAUCACCGUGAAAAAUGGGGAUCCACUAAUGAUUAGAUGCUAUGCAAGUGGAUUUCCCACACCAAACAUAUUAUGGAAAAAACAGAGGAAAAUUAUUGGAAACCAAGCUCUUUAUUUCAAUUCUAUAAAGAAAAGUGACAGUGGAGUUUACCUGUGUGAAGCUCAUAACCAAGCAGGCAAAGACAACGCGGAAAUCACUGUCAGAGUUGAUGAUUCAGACAUUCUCGAGUUCCCAACAACGCAGAGAGUUCCUGAAUCGCAUCCAGGAGUAUCAAAGGCUACUAGUCCUGUGUGGAUCAUCUGCUUAGUAACCAUUUCUGGAGUACUUACUAUACUCGUUUUGAUAACACUCACAAAAAUGCUGUGUCGCUCUCGAAGAUGUUGCCAAACGGAGAUACGUUAUAAGAAGAAAAUUGGCUUAAAAGGAUCCUAUGAACCUUUUAGUCCUAUCACUGAGCUGUAGCCAGAGCUAGGCUCUUACUUAAUGUAGACUACUGUAUCUCUAAGAAAAAUAAAACAGACAUAUACUGUAGACAUGUAGAUAUAUACAUAUAUAUACAGGCCAUGUUUUACUCAUCUGAUUUAGAAUGUCUCCGUGUACUGACUAAGAAAUAGCCAUUCGUUAAAAGUUAAAAUACACCUGUAGAAGAAUUUGAAAAGUAUGAAUAAGCAGAGAUAGCUGCACAUAAUUGUAUAAGAAGCCAAAUUUGACUGUUUUGAAUUUUUGUGCUCUCUUACAGAAGUGUUGUUAUCUGGAGCCAAUGAACACUAAAUAUGAUGAAAUAUCGAGUUUUUUCCCUUCAAUUUUUGAAGAAACCACAGAGGCGGUUGUCUUACUGUUUCCAAAUUUCUAGAUCACCACCCAAAAGCUCGUUGGUAGGUCAGAAAGUCUGAAAUCUUGGAAUUUUGAAAUUGAAACAUGUAAAUGAAGUCAGGAGAGAGGUAGUUCCAAAUUUAAACGUUCUCCAUUCGGUUCUUGUGUUUCUACGUUUCUAUUCAUACAUUCCUUACAUUACUGAGAGCUAUUUCGAGAGACAGUGAAAUUCAAUUUACAAUGACCCGCCAAAACGUUCGAAGUUUUUCCACUUUAGAAUAUAACAGUUAUUCAAACUUUCAUUCAUUUAGUUAAUUUUUUUGUUCAGUUUUUGUUAAAAACUUCAUAACUCAAGGGCUGAGAAAUGGUAUGGCCUUCCAUUAAUAAAUUCAGACACUUUCAACAUGAGCCUCGGGCUUACAAGCGAGAUCACACAAGCUCUACCCUUGUUAUUGCCGUUAUGUGCAUUUACUGAGCGUUAAGAGGUGGCUGAGAAAUUGUGGUGCUAUUGCAACCUCACUCUAAACUGAAAACACGAGGAUAUGUACUGAAGACGGUAAAAAGUAUCGUGAAAAAAGCAAGCGCUUAUUUCGGCUCCUUCAGUUCUAGAUCGACAAAGACAUGCCCUAGCGCUGAUUCCAUGUUGACAGUUUUUAGAGUAUACAACGCUCCUUCUCGAAUUUCAAGGUUAUCGCUUUUCCCGCUCGGAUAGAAUUACUUUCCUUUUUUCCUAGAAAAAAAAAAAAGCCGUAUUGUUUGUAGCCAAAAAUAGAUCUCGAGUAAGGUACAUCAAUAUGACGCAGCGCCACGCUCGACAUGUUUUCCACGGGAUUACUCUCAACGUAGCCGGUGGACAUGAACUUUCUCUUAUGCAGUUUGGUUUGUAUUUUGACACUGAUUCAAGCUACACUGGCAACUUCAGGAGAUGUCUGCCCUAAUUCUACAGAAUGGGAUACAGUUAAAGUCAAUUCUGGAGUGGACGCAAGCCUCUUUUUUAACAGAUCAAAGAACGAGAAUGAUAAAGACUUCCGAGUCUAUCGUGCUGAGAAAGAUACUUUCCAAUUUGCCCACAUGACAAAAAAUCAAUCAAAUGGCAUUUGUUCUGGCCCAUUGAAGGAUAAAUGUGAUAAGCGGAAGAUAGAGUUUCGGGGGGGUAACCAAACUCAUUUGUUGCUAGUGAAGAUUUUCAAAGCCAAUGUCAAUGAUAGUGGAUGUUACGCAGUCGUGGUUCAUUUUAAAAGUUUCAGUUUUAAAGAUGAUGAGGGAGACUGGAGAUACUUAAAAGUGAUAAAAGUAAAAGUAGAAGAUAACUCUACAGAAACUAAGACAAGUCCUAUCCCUCAGUGGACUCAGGUCUACAGCACCAGCAGUAGCUCAGAAAUCAGGCCAAGUCCAAGUCAGGCCUACAGCCCCAGCAGUAGCCCAGAAACCAGGCUAAGUACAAGUCAGGUCCACAGCCCCAGCAGGAGCCCAGGUCCUAGCAGUUCACCAGAUGCUUCACAAAAAAAUGGCCUUCCAUGGUGGGGGAUAGCAGUGAUUGUAGUAGGGAUUUUGAUACUCGUAGGAGUUUUUGUUUCUUGUAUUAUCUAUAAAUCUCGCCGUGAAAGGGCUACUAACGGACAAAUGCUGGCUCACGCUAAAGAAGGACCAGAUAAUGAGAUCGAGAAAAUACCUCUCAAUGAAGAAGCACCUGAUAACGAACAAAUCGCUCGCAUUUAAGAAGAACUUAAUAACGACUAAAUGGCUCUCACUGAAGCGCGCGCCAACUCAAUCAGACAACUGAAUGACCUGAAACACUAAUGCAGAGAAAGAUGCUGCUGUUUUCUUUCGUACUGCACUGUAUUAUUUUCAAUGUCCUAGUAAUGCCGUUACUCUUUGAGUAAUUGAAGAAAAAUUUUGUCCAUCAAAAAUUUAUGGGGAAAUAUCACAUUUCCUAACUGAUUGAGCCAUGGGAAUAAAGAUAGCCAGAUAGGUUGUGAUGUUGAGGUAUAACCUACUUUUAGGAAAUAUACUUUCUCAAAAUAAUAAACGGCUUGUUAAAAGAG